AUGGAUGAAAUGACAGUCAAAGACAUCCAGUAUAUCACCUCGAACAUCAACUCGCUCUGGAUGGCCUCCAAGGACUGCUCAUUAGAACCUCUCCCCCAAAAGAAGGCUCUCCUCGAGCAACUCUCCAACAUAUUCAGCAUCUUCCCUCCUCUCGACCCCAACGGCGACAGUAGGAAUCCUCUCAACAUCAUCCUACCGGCCUACGAAACCCUCUGGCGCGUCGUUCUUCGGUGUUUCUUGGAAGUGCACUUUCGUGCUACCUCAAACCAAGCGGAGAUGCAAGAUUCACUCAACUCCUUGAUGAGCUGCCCGACUCAGGAAACUUUCGAAGAUGUAUCAGCUGAAGGGAUCUCUGCAAAAGUAAUCGUCCGCGAAGCCUUACGACUAUAUCCUCCAACCCGCCGCAUUCAUCGUCUCAUAUCACCCAUCAAUCCUGUACCUCACGGUCCUUGGUAUCAACUCCUUAAUUUACUUGAUAUGGCACCAACAAACGAUCCAGAAGUCAUUCAUGCAAUAGACGUCGAACACCUCCAUCGCACACCCGAAAUUUGGGGCGAGGAUUCUCUCACUUUCAACCCGUCACGCACUCAUGAUGCCAAACAAGUUGGCUUCAUGCCAUUCGGUGCGCGCCCCUUUGUAUGUCCCGCUGGCAAUUCGUUUGCACCUAUGAUGAUUGGGAUUUGUGUUGGUGCGUUGAUCAAGGCAUUUCCCGAUGAUGCUGAGGGCGAGGGUUGGAAAUUGAUGGACGUGGAGGGAAAGCGGGUUGAUCUCGCCAAAAUUGAUGGACCGUUGGAUAAUGGGAGGGAAGGGUUUUCUGGAUUGGUGUUGACGAGGUGUUAG